AGCGUAGAGAGCCCUCUAUUGGGGAUCCCUGCUGCCCGGAGGCAAGUAAGCAUGUCAAGGCCUAUUUCAGCAGCGGAAAUGGAAGCGGCGAGGUUGAUGGUGUGCUGCAGCAGCUGUACAAGAGCCGGUUAAACGACACACAACACAGAUUGUGGGAUGCAGGUCCUGAGGGAGUUCACGACCUUCGGGCCAAUAUGAAAUUCCGACCAAACAGGCGCGUGCACAAUGUCGGGUCCAGUCAUCGCCAUUUUCAGAUGGCAUUGGCUGUGUGAGCUGGGAGUCCAAUGCUGCUCUGCUUUCCAAUUCCUGCAGCGACAUCCAACUCAGGCCUCCAUCAGCCAGCAUGUUUCCCAACUCUGGUCACCCCCGUGGCCAUGGCCUUGCUCUCAGCUAGCCACUCCAACUAGUGAUGGUGGAGGUGCAGAUUCCUGAGCAAUGGCUGUCUGAUGAUAGCCACUACUCCUGAUGGCGGGAAGAUCUAGCACGAGUCAACCAUGUUCCAGACAUUGAUCAGGCCCUGGUAGAAGACAGGCAACAUCCUGAGGGCGACUUGCAGACCCACGAGGUCAAUGAACAGGAGUUGUAUGUCGUAAUUGAGGUUGUGCACUUAGCUGAAAAAAUACGUUGCCAGGGGGAACCAUCUAGGAAGAUGCUCAACGUAAAGAUGUCGCUGAAGGGUCUGAAAGUGGAAAAUCACCACCUAGGUGUGGAAGCACCCCAGUGACUGACCGCUGUUCUCAAUGCCGAGACUCGGAAGCUCUGCUGUGACCCAGUGCAAUCUUCUCUGGACUUUUGUCAUAAAACCAGGAGGAGAGGCCAAAGGCAUCAGUUGGUACAACAGCAUGGAGGCCGCCAGUUGGUUUAUGACCAGCACUCGGCUCCUGUAAGAUAAUACUUGAAGCAGUCCUGUCCAGCGGCCUAGGCAAGCUGAGACUUUGGCCUCCAUCUCCUGCCAAUUCAUCAGCCACAGUUCCUCAGCUAGGCUGAGGUAGACCCCCAGAUAGGGUAGAUGUGUGGUACUCCAGCUGAACGCCCGUAAUUCCUCUGGCAGGGAAUCCACCUGCUGUAGAUUGACUAGGGAUCUGGAACAUUUGGCCCAGUUGAUCCUGGCGGAAGAUAUGGCUGAGUACACUGCCUGGCGCUCAUGCAUCUCCCCUUAAUCGACAAAUGUGCUAGGAGAAAAAAAAGCAUCAAAUGUGAAAUGUGGGACUGGGCAUGUGUCACAGUACAAUGAGUGGAAUGUAGAUUGAUCAGGAGCAAUACUGGGCGUUUGACCCUUGACCCAGUGGUAGUCCCCUUGUCUGUCAGAAGCGUAUAGUCUCCAAAUUUUUGCUCUGCCUGUAUGUUUCCUCAAUUAUCAAGCAGCUUGUCACUUAAAUGCUCACGAACCACUGUACUGUUGGAAAAAUACAUUUUUUUAAUACCUUUCACAAUAUCUCAAUAUCCCCCUUUACUGCUCUUAAGAUAAUUGCAUAAUAUUCUACUCAUCUCUAUUCUAAUCUAGGACACACAUUAGUAUAUCUGCACAAAGAAAUGCCCAUAAACAGCAAUACUGUAUUUAUUUUGAUGGAUUGAGGAGUAUGCAUUAGUUAAUAGAGUGUGCAAAUGGUUGACAAGAUGUAACAGGUCGUAUGCCACAGGGAUCAAUUUCUGGGCCUUAACCUUUAACUGGUCAAAUGACUUGAAUGAAGAGACUGAAAGUAUGAUUGCUAAAUUUUCUGACAAGAUAAAUAAAGAAGGAAGGUACAUUGUGAAGAGAACAGAGUGACAUGUGUAUAGAUAUGUUAAGUCAUUGGGCAAAAAUCUGGCAAAUGAAGUAUAAGGUGGAAAAAUGUGGAAUUUUCCAUUAUGGCAGGGAUAAUAUAAAAGCAUACUGUUUAAGUAGUGGUAGAUUGAGAGCUGUGAGAAGUAGAGGAAUCUGUGGGCCCUAGUGCAAGAACCACAAAAGAUUAAUAUGCAAAUACAGCAAGUAAUUGGAAAGGCUGAUAGAAUGCUUUCAUUUAUCAUGUGGCAAAUUGAAUGCAAAAAUAGGAAGGUUAUGCAUUAGCUUUACAUGUCAUUAGUGAGAACACAGCUGGAAUACAUUGUAUAGAAUUGACCUCCUUAUUGAAUGAAGGAUGUAAAUGCUUUGGAGAUAGUUUAGAAAAGGUUUUCCUGGAAUGAGCAGGUUGGCUCAUGUGAAAAUGUUGGACAGGCUAGGCUAUUAUCUGCUGGAUAAGGACCUGGGUGUCUUUGAAUCACAAAAUGUCAGCAUUCAGAUAAAACAAGGAAAUUAGGAAGGCAAACAGAAUGUUAAUCUUUACUGUAAGGGGAAGGAAGCAGAAAAAUAGGGAAAGUCUUGCACAUUGGUGACACCGCAGCUUGAGUACUGCAGAAUUUUGGUCAUCUUACUUUUGGAGGCCCAUUUUUGAAUCAGAAACAACUUAAAGAAGGUUCAUUAGACUGAUUCCUUACCUUAGGGGGAAAGGCCGAGCUAGUUGAGCCUAUUCUGAUUGGAGAUGAGAUGAACAAAAGAUGAUCCUAUUAAGACAUAACAUUCUGAACAGGUUUGACAGAAUAAAUGUUGAGAUGUGUGUUUCCUUUCAUGAGAAUCUAAAACUAGGGCACAGUUUGAAAGUAAGGGCUUCUCUAAUUUAAGACAGUGGUAGAAAGGAAUUUCUUCUCUCAUUGGGUCAUUUGUCUUUAGAAAUCUCUUCUCCAACCAGCAAGUAGAGGUUAGGUCAUUGAAAAUAUCUAAUGCAGAGUUGGACAGAUUUUUGAGUGACAAGGGUGUCAGUGGGAAACAGACAGGAAAGUGGAUUUAGGGUCACAAUCAGAUCAGCUAAGAUUUAGUUGAAUGGCAGAUGAGUCUUGACAGUCUGAAUGGCCUAUUACAGCUCCUAUUUCAAAUGUUACGAAGCAGUGUGUAAAGUUUUUCUAUUUUACAGAGGUAUGCAAAUUGAGGUUAUUGUUCACAUAGCAUUCCUUCCAUCCAUCCUACAUUUGGAUUUUGGAGAGAUGGGAUGGACUUUAGUUGCUUCAUCAAGGACUUGCCCUUCCAUAGUCAGAAGUGGGUUGUUCGCUGAUGAUUUCACAGUGUUAGGCACUGUUUGCGAUGACUCAGAUACUGAAGCACUUCAUGUCCAAAUGAAGCAAGUCCUGGACAACAUCCAGAUUUGGGCUGAGAAAUGCCCACAAAGGCCCACUGAACACCAUCUUCAAGAGAAUCUAACCAUUACUCCUUGACGUUCAACAGUAUUACCAUUGUUGAAUUUCCCACCAUCAAUAACUGGAGGAUUUCUGUUGACCAGAAACUGAAUUGAACCAGCCAUUUAAAUGCUCUGGCUCCAAACAGCAGGUCAGAGGCUAGAAUUCAUGAAGCAAGUAACUCACCUCCCGACUCCCAAAAGAAUAUCUGCCAUCAACAAGGCACAAAUCAGAAAUGUGAUGAAAUACUCUUCUUUUGCCUGGAUGGAUGCAACAUCCAACAACAUUCAAGAACCAUGAUGCCAUCCAGGAAAAGCAGUCCAUAUAAUUAGCACCAUACAUACAAACGUUCACUCCCUCCACCAGUGAGGCAUUGGAGCAGCAAUCUUUUAAAUAAUGCCAUGGCAUACAAGGCCUUGUUUUAACAUGUCAUCUUAAACGUGACCCUGGACAAUAGUGUAACGCUGUCUUUGUAUUACAUUAGAGUGACAUCCCAGAUUUCUAAGCUGAAAUCUUAGUUUGCAACCUAGAUGCACAACUUUCUGGCUCAGCACUGCCAACACUUUACUCACACUGUUUAUAUUAAUCUAUUGACACUUUUGAUUACCUGCAAAGACUUGUUAUUCAGCGAACCGACACUCGACUCACACUGUUAUCUACUUAUCUGUUGACAUUCUUAAUUACCUGACAAGAUCACGCGUAUUGACACAAAUGUCAAGUUUCAGCAGAGAUGCAAGGAAGCAGACAAGAUCCCGAAAGGACUACAGAUCAUGAACCUACUCAAGUCGGCUUACAACACGGACUACACUGAGAGACUCUGCCAUCGUACUUCUCGCACACUCCUCAACCAUCCCAUGCACCAGCUUUGCAGCAGACGCCACAAUCUUGAAACCAAGAUAGAGCCCAUAAUCUCAGCUUGCGCUCACAACACAACAGACCAGCUACAAGACACUGCCAAGCAGACGAGGCAGUGGAACUACAUCACCUAUAUGCAUGCCAAGAUCAGGAAACUUGAGAAACUCAGUAUCACCGCUAGCAGCAACCAAGCCUUCCCCGAUAUCACGAUUGAAACCUAUCACCACAGGGAAGUCCAUUGUGAACUUGUCUGACUACAUCCUUCAACCAGAUGAAAUUGAAGUUCCAGCUGAGGCUCAAUUUCUGCCCCACUAUCAAAAUGAACUCCAUUGCUCACGUGGCAGACAUAAAGGAAUUCAUCAGGCGAAUGAGGCUCCAGGAAUAAUUCCACAAGCCCCAAGAUGUCGGCACCAAGCCCAAUAAGACAACUAACAAAUCAGAACAGUUGACAGAGAGAUCUGCAGUGCAGCAACCGUAAAAGAAAGAAUCAAAUUGGACCCUCUGGAAGGCUGUUGCCCUACAUCUGACAUGUAUGCUCAAGCCAUCAGGAGAUGCGUCAACGCCAGUUUCAUCAAUCGUGCUCACAAGGUAGCCCAGAACGUCACCUAAAUAAAUGCAAUGCAUUCCAUGCUCUCAAGACCAACCACAACAUCGUCAUCAAACCAGCAGACAAUGGAGGAGCUAUUGUCAUACAGAAAAGAAUGUACACUGCAAAGAAAUGUACCGACAACUGAACAAUCAGGAACACAACAGACAGUUACCCACCGAUCCAAUCAAAGAACACACCCAUCAACUCGACAAACUGAUCAAGACCUCUGAUCCAGACCUUGAGAGCAUCCUGUGUGCUUUUAUCCCACUUACUCACGCAUAGGAAACUUCUAUUGUCUCCUGAAAAUACACAAAGCCAACACACCCUCACGCCUCAUCAUACCAGGCAACGGAUCCCUGUGUGAGAACCUCUCUGGCUAUGUUGAAGGCAUCUUGAAACCCAUCAUACAAGGAACCCCCAAUUUCUGUCAUGACAGUACAGCCUCCUUACAGAAACUCAGCACCCACGGAUCACUAAAACCAGGAACAUUCCUUGCCACAAUGGACAUUUCGGCACUGUACACCAACUUCCUCCAUGAGGACGGCAUCGCUGCAACAGUCUCAGUACUUAACAUUGACAACUGCCAAUCUCCAGACGCCAUCCUACAACUCGUUCGCUUUAUCCUUGACCACAAUGUCUUCAUCUUUGACAACCAGCUUUAUCCAGAUACAUGGAACAGCCAUGGGGACCAAAUUUGCACCACAAUAUGCCAACAUUUUCAUCACGAGUUCAAGCAAGCCUUCUUCGCCAUACAAGACCUCCAACCAAUGCAAUACACCAGUUACAUCAAUGACAUCAUCUUCCUUUGGAGUCACCGUGAAGAAUCACUGAAACAACUACACAACAAUAUCAACAAGUUUCAUUCCACCAUCAGACUCAUCAUGAACUAUUCCUCAGAAUCAGUUUCAUUCUUGGAUACAUGCAUCUCCAUCAAGGAUGGAGACCUGAGUACUUCCCUCUGCUGCAAGGCCAAUGGAUAACCUCAGAUGCUCCACUUCUCCAGCUUACACCCUAAACGUUAAAGAAGCCACCCCCUAUGGACAAGCCCUGCGUAUACACAGAUCUGCUCAAAAUGGAGGAGGAAUAUGAAGGACAUGUACAGAUGCUGAAAGACGCCAUCAUAAGAAUGGGAUAUGAUGCUUAACUCAUCGUUCGACAGUCCUGAUGUACUACAGCAAAAAACCACAGUCAUCUCCUGAGAAGACAGACACAGGAUACAACUGAGUGCACUUUGUUGUUCAGUACUUCUCUGUAGUGGAGAAACUAUGCCAUGUUCUUUGCAACCUUCAGCAUGUCAUUGAUGAUGAUGAAUAACUUGCCAAGGGCAUCCCUAUGCCUCCACUACUCACCUUCAAACAGCCACCUAACCUAAAACAGACCAUUGUUUGUAGCAAACUGCCCAAUCUUCAGCAGAACAGCGAUCACGAUACCAUACAACCAUGCCAAGCUCUGCAAGACAUUUCAGAUCAUCAACAUGGAUACUACCAUCACACUUGGAACAGUAUAUGGAUGAGACUUUUAUCAAGCAAGCCUUUACUGCUAUGGGUGAGCCAACUGUUAAUGUGAAAAUCAUUAGCAACAGAAUGACUGGAACACUCGCAGGAUAUUGCUUUGUGGAAUUAGCUGACCAACCCACUGCUGAUCGUUGUCUUCAUAAACUGAAUGGGAAGCUUUUGCCAGGUUCAAAUCCGCCAAAGAAAUUCAAGUUGAAUUAUGCAACCUAUGGAAAAAAAACAGAUGUAGGCCAGGAAUAUUCCAUAUUUGUGGGCGAUCUCUCUUCUGACGUUGAUGAUUUUCACCUCUAUGAUUACUUUGUGAAAAAAUAUCCAUCUUGUAGAGGUGGAAAAGUGGUGACAGACAUAUCUGGAAACUCAAGAGGUUUUGGGUUUGUCAGGUUUUCUGAUGAAGCAGAACAGAAAAAAGCUUUAGAAGAAUGUCAGAACAGCAAAGGAUUAGGAGGAAAGCCAAUCCGAAUAAGCAUAGCAGUACCUAAAAGUGCAAAAACCAAGCCAGAAUACCAACCAACUGCCACUUACAACUAUACACAAUACUAUCAACAGUUUUACUCUCAAUGGGGUUAUGAUCCCUAUGGCAGCUACAACUAUGGGUACCCGCAGUAUGGCAGUACUGAAACACCACCAGUAACUUCUUCCCUGAUCACAGAAAUGGCACAGCUGUCUGAGUUUCAGCAGAAUUCCACAAUUACUGAUGAAGCUGAAGAGGAGCCUGUAGAAGAUCCAGAUCCAAAGUUGGAUAUUGAUGAAGUUAACAAACAAUUCAUGGAGCAAAGUGAAGAACUAUAUGACUCAUUAAUGAAUUGUCACUGGCAACCCCUGGAUACAAUCGCAUCAGAGAUUCCCACUGCAGUAUAAAAUAUCUUAGAAAUGCUAUUUCAAUUUUCAUUGUACGUCAAGCAGAUUGACCUUGUGUCUCUUUCUUACAAAGUAUAUUGAAAAUAAAUUGCAGUAUGUUUAA